CUCACCGUAUAUCUCGCCGACCAAUCUCUUGCUUUCUUCUGGAGCAAUUUUACUUCUAUCGUUUCAUCUUUAAAGUUAUCAUUUAUCAAGUCAGCCAAAACGGUCGCGUAGCUCUUCUAAUUACUUACACGGAUUUCUUCUUAUCGUGCGCUUAUCGUGCGGUAAGGUGUUAAAAGUGCGCGCACGAAGCUGUCAAUCUCUUCGUUUCGCGAUCUUCCGCUGAUAAUCUUCUCGACUUAGUCGCGACGACUUCUUCUGUUGCUUUUGUUCUCGUCAGGCCAGACAUGGUGAGCUCGACACUAGUGAUUCUUGUAUCUGUCACGACUGUGGCAAUUUUGUCCGGCGAAACUUUUGCCGCAUUACCUACUCAAUGCAACUCAGGAUUUCUCGAGGAACUUCCACCCAGAAUACGUAAAGUCUGUGUUGCUCUCGCUAGAAUAUGGAGAGAGAGAGAAAUGAACGAGUUCGUCGAAGAUGGAGAAUACGUUCAGAACACUUUUAGGGAGAAUUUACCUCGCUUUGACAGCGGCGUCAAGAGACAAGACGUCGAUCAUGUUUUCUUGCGCUUCGGAAAACGACGUUAAGACGACAUAGCUCCCUAUUCUUAUAUAACGCAAGCGAUAAAUGUCAAAUCACGUUCUCUUUAAGAUCGUUCGAUCGUCUAUAUAUUUCUAAGACAAUGUAAAAAAACAACAAAGAAAAAUUACAUAAUUGCCGUGUGUGCAGAAAAAUAAUCGUUUUAAUGUUAAACAAUCUUGCCUUUUCCUAUAUAUGAUUCUCUUUAUUUUUGCUGUACUUAAACCUAUAAUUAGCCUUAUCUUUAAAGAAUCAAAUUGUCAAUCAAUCUCCUCGAGUGUUAAAUCACUGCAAAAGUGAGUAUACCUUUUUUUCAAUUUCUAUAUUUUAAAUAUAUGUAUAUCUUCU